AGCUCUUAAAGGGCCCGCGCACGCCGGGUGCCGAGGCGGCCCCAGCCACCCGCAGGGCGAAGAGGAGAGGCCAGGCUGCCGCUCCCCGUCCGCUACCUCUUGGAGCUGCAGAACUGAGAGCCAGCGCCCCAGCUGGAAUUAUUCUGAUUGUUUCCUGGGGAAAGCGCGGGGAUCUAAGGCAUCCCCCAACCCCCCAACUCCAGAAGAGGAAUGAGGAGCGGGCGGAUGGGGACCGGGAUCAAAAAGCACCUUGCUCUGAAAACCUGCAAAUGGAGUAGACAAGAAAAAGACAGAAAAAUGCCAGCUGAUAUAAUGGAGAAAAACUCCUCGUCUCCGGUGGCUGCAACCCCAGCCAGUGUCAACACGACACCGGAUAAACCAAAGACCGCAUCUGAGCACAGAAAGUCAUCAAAACCUAUCAUGGAGAAAAGGAGAAGAGCAAGAAUCAAUGAAAGUCUCAGCCAGCUGAAGACACUGAUUUUGGAUGCUCUUAAGAAAGAUAGCUCGCGGCAUUCCAAGCUGGAGAAGGCGGACAUUCUGGAGAUGACAGUGAAGCACCUCCGCAACCUGCAGCGAGCGCAGAUGACGGCCGCACUGAGCACAGACCCUAGCGUGUUGGGGAAGUACCGUGCCGGCUUCAGCGAGUGCAUGAACGAGGUGACCCGCUUCCUGUCCACGUGCGAGGGCGUGAACACCGAGGUGCGCACCCGGCUGCUUGGCCACCUGGCCAACUGCAUGACCCAGAUCAACGCCAUGACCUACCAGGGGCAGCCGCACCCCGCCUUGCAGGCGCCGCCGCCACCCCCGCCCGGACCCGGAGGCCCACAGCACGCGCCUUUCGCACCGCCACCGCCGCUGGUGCCCAUCCCCGGGGGCGCGGCGCCCCCUCCCGGCGGCGCGCCCUGCAAACUGGGCAGCCCUGCUGGAGAGGCCGCCAAGGUGUUCGGCGGCUUCCAGGUGGUGCCGGCGCCUGAUGGCCAGUUUGCUUUCCUCAUCCCCAACGGGGCCUUCGCUCACAGCGGCCCUGUCAUCCCCGUCUACACCAGCAACAGCGGCUCCUCCGUGGGCCCCAACGCAGUGUCGCCUUCCAGCGGCCCCUCGCUCACGGCGGACUCCAUGUGGAGGCCGUGGCGGAACUGAGGGGUUCAGACCACUAUGGGGCCCCUUGGGCCCCCAAACACUUUCUUCCCUUGGGACACUAAGCAAAACUGUGGGAGAGGAGAGGACUAUUGUGAUUCAAUGAUUACUUUUUUUUUUAUUUCUAAAGUUACUUUUUUUGUAGAGUUGUAUUAAGUGACUGACCAUGCACUAUAUUUGUAUAUAUUUUAUAUGUUCAUAUUGGAUUGCGCCUUUGUAUUAUAAAAGUUGGGAUGACAUUUCGUUUUUUACACGAGAUUCCUUUUUUUAUGUGAUGCCAAAGACGUUUGAAAAAUGCUCUUAAAAGCUUCCUUUGGGGAAGUUUGAGAAAAUAUAAUAAAAGAAAAAAGUAAA